UAAUUUGUGAGAAGACAUCAGUAGCAGUUUCUUUCAUAGGAACAUGGAUGAAAAAGACACCAAGAACAGUGAUGGGGACCUUCCUCCAUACAGCCUCUUCCCCAGGACGAAGCAGCCCAAGAAGAAGUGGAUUGUGGGAGUUUCUGUGGCACUUGUUCUUGUCCUCAUCACUGUUGUGUCAAUUUUAAUUGGAGUCUACAUGACUCAGAAACACACAGAAACGAUGGUGAUGAUGAAGCUCAACUCUCAGGAUGGACACAAUUUCCAGCAGACAAUCUUGGUGAAUGAAGAGGAAGAUGUGGCGGUCUUCUUUGUCCUCAAGAAAAAUUGUUCCUCCACCAUUCUGUUUGAUUAUAAGCGUAGAAUCCUUGGUUUGCGGACUUCCAACAGCACCAUAUGUCAGUUACUGAGGAUGGAUGAUGUUCAAACUCCAUCUAUACCUGAAAUACUGAAGAUGAUAAGAAUUUUCCAGAAUAAUAACACUCAACCAAGCGAAAAAAUAAGCUAUAAUAUUAUACCAGUCAAAGAAGCAAAUCGGGUCAAUUUGGGAAUGAAUUUAAACAUUCUCUGCUCUGAUGUACCCAUCUACUGGUCAAAAAUGGUGGAUCUUCAGGAACGGAAAAUUCAUGGCAAUGUUACAGUUGAUAUUCAAGUUGGAUGUAUUCACAUUAAAUGCACUAUAAUUUGGUUCUAGGCUUUAGGAAAAGGAUUGCUGUCAAUCUAUACAUAACAUUGGUUACCUGUAUCCUAUGAAUAUUUGUAAAAUAAAGAUGUAGAUACAGGCACAAAAU